GCACAACAUCAACCCGACGGACGACUUGUCGCAAGAAACAACAUCAACUGCUGGCAGUUCUCUACCUAAUCACCUAGCGUCAAUCAUCAUGUCGUCGUACCUGUCCAACAUCCUCACAAACACAACGUCCAAAUACAACACCCUCCGGCGCAACCUCCUUUCGGACGAAGUCGACGGCGACACCGAAGACGACUCGCAUUUGUGUCGUGCUCUGCGCGCAUACUACACCGAGCAAGGCAAAGCCUUCCCGCAAUGGCUCCCCAAUGAUCCAAAGCGGUCUACAUCAGCCCAGACAACGACAUCCUCAUUCACAUCCAGCUUGCGACAACAAUCAUCACAACAACUCCCUACAAUCAACGCUCCUCAAGGAGGAGGAAGAGGCGGUCUGAGCGACCUAUGGGACACACCUGGUCAGAAACAACCAUCACCACAACCACAGUCAUUGCGAGUCAGAGCGCAAGAUCGAAGUGGCUCGUUCCAGGGGCGUGCUCAAGGAGGUGAUACACUGGCAGCACCUCGACCAUUGCCAAGUCAGAGAGCAGGAAGCUACCAGAGCUCCAUGGCUCAACAGCAACAAGGUGCUGAUCCUUCACCACCAGCAAGCAGUGGAGGCACUGCGCAGGAAAGACUGAAGGCGAGAUUGUGGGGUGCUGCAAGGACUGGAAGUCCUGCAAAUGGUGCUGGAGCGGGAGCGCCACCGCCAGCAGGAUCUGGUCGCUUUGCCAGAGGUUGAUGUUGUGCAUGUUAUAAUAGCAUGGAGUUAUGGAGUUUGUUUCUCAUGUGAUGGCCAUGGCACAUUUCUUCCAAGAUGAGAGAGUGCACUCGGUGGUUUUUAUUUCUCUUCAUGUUUCUCAUUCAAGAUAGUAAGCAUUAUAUACUACGCAGAUUACCAUAUCAUAUGUAGCCAAGGAGAUUGAUCACGUCUUAGUAGUUCUUGAUAGAUGGGUAUGCAGUGGAAUAGAUGAAAGAGGGGUACUUUCCUGUUACCCCACACACGUCACUGGCCCCAUCGGUCAUCUGCAUCAAGG